AUUUAUAGCAUUUAUUGACAUGUACGAUGAGAACAGUAACGCAGCAGCAGCAGCAGCGGCAGCAAGCAGUACUUCUUCAACGGGUCUUAUGUCACAAUUGCUUAAUGUUAAAGAUUCCAGAUGGUUACAGUUAGAAGUAUGUCGUGAAUUUCAAAGGGGUCAGUGUUCGAGAUCAGAUGUCGAAUGUAAAUUUGCACACCCACCUCCACAUGUUGAUGUACAGAAUGGUCGUGUUACUGCUUGUUAUGAUUCCAUUAAGGGUCGAUGCACGCGAGAAAACCCAAAAUGCAAGUACUUGCAUCCGCCACAGCAUCUGAAGGAUCAGUUAUUGAUAAAUGGUCGGAAUAAUCUGGCUCUCAAAAAUUUGAUUUGUACGCAAUUGAAUCAGAAUGCAGCAGCGGCAGCUCCUGCUGCACUUUCAACAAUGAAUCCAUUAGCGCAAUUGGUCGUCAGUGGUCAAGCUAGUCCCGCAGCACUCAACGACCAGCUUCUCAUCGUGCAGCAACAGCAGCAGCAGGCCGCCGCUGCAGCUGCUGCCCAGGCUGCAACCUUAGUUCCAGCUGCACUUCCUUAUCAGUAUUAUCAGGGUAUCACCACCAUGUAUCCAACACUUGUGCCUGUUGCAAGCAAUGAUGCUGCAGCUGCUUACCAAGCGACCUUGCGUAUGGUCGCGACCGUUAAAGUGGUUUUGGUACCAGAGGAAGUUCGACCAGUUGGAGAAAAUAAGUUUGUUGAAGGCUUGUUUGGUAUGCAUUUGUGCUGAAAUGAUGCUCACUCUUGAUUUUUAUCGUACGGUUUUUAAACACUGUAAAUUCCUGUGGCAUUUAGUAGAUGUUUGGAGAUCUAUAAGAAUUUGUUACCUCAGAAUAGAGUUGUGCGUUAGGUUUCACACAAAACUUGAUUAUCCGUCUUCGUUGCGACUAACACAAAUCACCAAUGAGGGUACUGACAACUGCGCAACCUGAAGUUUUGAAACAUCCGUUGUGUGUUUCCAGGGAUGACAACUGGACGAAUCUCUUGUGCACACUACGGUGUUCCAAUGAACAUUGUCAUCCACCAGAAAUUUUUUUUGUUACUAUUGGUUGUGCGGGCUUUUCUGUUAGUUGUUUAGAAAAGGAAUAACUGUUGUUGAACUUGCUUCCACUGAAGUAUACUUUUCUAUUUCUAUCAUUGAAGUAUACUUUUCUAUGCCGCAAUUGCAUAUUGCAUGAAUUUGUUUGAAGGCAAUUAAAUCGGUGGAAAUAAAUUAAAGUUGGAUUGGUAAUUAACUUUUUCUUUCCAGAACCUCUUUUAGAAUGUUUCGAAUUUUUCGUGAAGAAAAUCUUGGGACUUGUUACCUUUUAAUCGUCCCCUGGAUAUCGUUGCAAGGGAGGAACAAUUUACAACUUCAGCAGAAAUUCUGAACAAAAAGAUUGGAGGCCAAGGCGAAUUUGACAAGAAAUGGAAUCCAAAAUUUUAUCCUUUUUUGUUCACGCAGUUUUGAAUGAAAUAACAUUGUGUUGGUAAUACGACAUGGAAAAUAUCUUCAGCAUUGGGAAAAAAUGACAAAGGAUGGAUGAUACAAUGUGAAUCUGAUAAUGUUUGUGGCAUACUGAAUAUUGUGAUCGGAGGAAGAAAGUUGUCAUGUUGUUUGGAAUGGUAGUUGAGCUGGACGAAGCAAGGCGGAAGUUAUUGAGCACGAAUCCAAAAAAUGAAUCAACGAUAUCUCAUAAACUCAUUCCCUGCAGCUUGCGUCACUGCACGCAAGGUUUUAUCUUAAUUUCGUUGCUUAUCUCAGUGGUUUUUAUGAUAUGUAUACUGCAAAAAUAAAGAAAAUUGAAUCGAUU